CUGGGCGGGGCCUGCCGGCUGCUGGCCUCAAUGAGUCGCUAUCCCCAGAGCUGAAGGACUCCAGAGCAUCAUCAGCCUGGCUGUGCAGAUGCCAGCAGCGGACCGGAACCUGGAGCUGGAUCCCCAAGGGGCUCCCCAACCCAGCAUGGAGAUGUCAGCCCUGCUCCCCUGCAUCCUGGCCCUGAGCUGCCUCGCUCACAUAGGCUGGGGGGCGUAUUUCUUUCAGCAGCCCAUGGACCAGGUGAUCGUGGCGGGGCAAUCGGUGACGCUGGCCUGCGUGGUUGUGGGCUACCAGGGUAUGGUGCAGUGGACCAAGGAUGGCCUGGCACUGGGUGGAGAGCGAGACCUGCCUGGCUGGGCCCGGUACUCCAUCGUCGGGGAUCUGGCAGCCGGGCAGCACAACCUGAGGAUCGAGUCCACUGAGCUGGGCGAUGACGCCAUGUACGAGUGCCAAGCUACGCAGGCGGCACUGCGUUCCCAGCGUGCCCAGCUCACGGUGCUCCUACCGCCCAAUGACCCCGUGAUCCAGAACGGCCCUAUCGUCCGGGUCCAGGCCAGCGUGCCCUACAAUCUGACCUGCCAAGUGUCUGGCGCCAAGCCUGCCCCUGAGAUCAGCUGGUACCGCGAUGGGCAGCUGCAAGGCUCUGCCCUCUAUGCCAAGGCCCUGAUGGAGGAUGGGAAGCGGGCGACAGCCCUCAGCACCCUGCUCCUCACACCCAGCACCCAAGACAUGGGCAGUGCCUACACCUGCCACGUCACCAACGCGGCCGCGCCUGCCGGCAAGCAGACCUCCAUCACCCUCGACGUGCUGUACCCCCCCACGGUGAUCCUCUCCGUCCAGCCGCAGACCGUCGCGGAGGGGGCCAAGGUCAGCUUCCUCUGCACCGCCACUGCCAACCCCGAGGUGACCGGCUACCGGUGGGCAAAGGGCGGCGUGGCCAUCGCCGAGGCCAACGGGGACAGCUAUGAGGCCAGGGUGGAUCACUCCUUCUUCACCCAGCCCGUGUCCUGCGAGGUGGCCAACGCCGUGGGCAGCACCAACGUCAGCACCCUGGUGGAUGUGCACUUUGGGCCCCGCCUGGUCUCCCAGCCCAAGCCCCUCACCGUGGAUGUCGGGGCUGACGCCUCCUUCACCUGCACCUGGGCCGGGAACCCGCCCCUCACCCUGGCCUGGACCAAGAAGGGAUCCAGCGUGGUGCUGAGCAAUGGCAACACCCUGCACCUAAAGGCUGUGACACAGGAGGACGCUGGCACGUACAUUUGCAAGGCCAUCGUGCCACGCAUCGGCGUGGCUGACAAGGAGGUGACACUGGCGGUCAACGGGCCCCCCAUCAUCACCACUGAGUCUGGGCCACAGACGGCGCUGGGGGACAAGGCACGGUUGGAGUGUCUAGUGAGGAGCACGCCCCCCCCUGAUCGCAUCGUGUGGGCGUGGGGCGAGCGGGUGCUGGACAGCGGCUCAGAGGAGCGCUUCACAGUGGACACGGCGCUUACGGAGCGGGGGGUGCUCUCGGCCCUGCUUAUCCAGCCCACGCACACGGAGGACUUUGCCUUGCCCUACAACUGCACGGCCUGGAACCGCUUUGGGGCCCGCUCGGCGGCCGUCACACUGCACCGGCAGGAGGUCCUGCCCAUCAUGAUAAUCGGGGCCUCAGCCGCAGCCGCUGCCACCCUGCUGCUGGUCUUGGCCGUUGGCGUGUCUGUCUGCUGCCUGCGCUGGUGCCCCGGGAAAGCCAAACGAGGCACCAAGCUGUCCAAGACAGAUGUCCUGGUGCAGAUCACCACGAGUGACAGUAGCCCCAGCCGGCCCAGCGAUACAGAGGAGGACGUCAAGGAGCCCAUGGCCACGAGCAGCGAGUCCCCGGCCACGUCGCACACAGAGCACAGCGAGAUCCUGGAGGAGGAAGAGGACAGCCAGGACAUUAAGGACCCUACCAACGGUUACUACAAGGUCCGUGCUCACGAGGAGCCCCACCUGUCUGGCAGUUUCUCGGAGUAUGCCCCAGCCCCGCGCGCCCUCUACACCGGGUCCCACGCCACCAUGUUCCCCCCCUCAGGGCAGCCCUACAGCCACCGCUAUACUCUGGGGGCACCCGGCUCCCGCACAGCCUACGAGCCCCACUACCCGCAGGAUGGGGUGUACGGGGGGGGCUACCUCACAGCCCCCUACACCCGGGCCUUCACCAGCUACGUCAAGCCCAGCACCUACGAGAAGGCAGAGAGUGGCUAUGAACAGUCAGACCAGGCCAGCAAGGUGUCGGGCGGCUCCCGCUUCUCCUAUACCUCCCUCUCGCAACAGUCGGACUACGGGCGGCCUGCCCAGCAGCGCAUGCAGACACACGUGUGACUCUUCCUCCCCAACACACAUCAAGCCAUUGGGGGACAGACGCCUAGGGCCAUCCCUGUUGUGGGAGGGGAUUGGUCCGGCUUAGCCAACUGUCUCAAAAUGGCCAAUAGGCCAGCUGACUUGUGCUGCUGGAGGUGAAGAUGAGUGGCCAUCGGCUAGGGGAAGGGGGUUCAAGAUGGCUAACAAACUGGGUUCAAAAUAGCUGUCUCCCCAAUUGACUUUUGCUCCUAGCGGCAAGGAUGAGUGGCUAUUGGCUGGGGUUAGGAAUCAGGGCAUGGGUUCAGAAUGGCUGACGAGGGGGGUUCAAAACAGUUGAUGGCCCUGUUGACUUCCUCCAUUGGACCUGAGGAUGGAUUCGCACUGGAUAGGGGAGAAGUCACGAUGUUGGAUACACUAACGGCUAUCAAAAAUGGGUUCAAAAUGGCCAUUGAGUUGGGUUCAAGAUGGCCGAUGGCCCAGCUUACUUCUUUGGCUGGGCCUGACGAUGAAUCCCAUUGGCUGGGGAGGAAGUCAGGCUUAUCCCUGGGAUGUUGAGGUGGGUUCAGAAUGGCUGAUGAUCCCAUUCACUUGGUGAAAUCAGCCGGUUUUCUUAGCCCGGGGCUGCCAAGAUGGAUACAAAAUGGCCACUAAAAGAGGCUCAAAAUGGCUGAUGGCCCAAUCAGCUUCCUACAGAGACUAGUGGAGGGAGGAGCCAGUGGAUGUUGGAUUUCUGAGUGGCUUCCCCCACUGCCGCUGGCCCUGGAUCAGCCAGGCCUGGACGCAAGAUGGUGACCACCGGGCCAAGAUGGCGGCUGGUGCUAGGCCCUGCCUGCUGGUUUUGCAGGCCCAGUAAAAAUGGUAGCUCUCAGCUUUCCUGUGGGGCCCGAUAAUGGGGCUCAUGGGGGGAAGUGGAUGUAUGCGUGAAUCCACCCGCUGGCAGCACCCUCCCACACACCACCAAUGCGGGAGCUGGGUCUGCUGCCCUCUGCCCCACACCACUGUUCCCUCUAAGCUGUGCGCAUGUGCACGCAUGCACAGAUCCGAAACCCCACGCACACAGCGAAACACCGCGCUCACAAAAAUUUGCCCAGAAGCACAAAAAUUUGCACAGAAGAAAUUUUUUGCGCACACAGCCUGUCAAAAAUUAGAGGGAACAUUACCCCACACCCACCCUCUGCUGGGGUGGGGCUGGUAAGGGCCCCACAGAGCUGUAGGGCUGGGAACUAAGAGCCCAUGGGGAUGCUAAGGGCAGCUUCCCCCUCUCAGAGCAUGCAACCUCAGGCAUGUCCCAGGGUAGCUGCCUGGCUGGCUUGGCGGGGAGGGAAUGAGGCACAGGACCUCUCACCUCCAAGGGGCACCAGCUCUAAUUCCCCAUUGCCAGGUCACAGGGGUGAGAUGUUGAUGUUAUAGACAGCCUCUGCCUGGGCCAAAUCGAUCCAGGUGGGGCCUGGGUUUUUCCCGCCAUUAAAAACACCCCAUUUCCCGGCCAUGCCCAGGCACUGGGGUCCCCGCCAGGGGGGAUGAGAGUUCUCAGAGUGAACCCCACCCCGCUACCGACCUGUCAAUCUCCUGUUGCAAUUGCGCAGCACCGAAAUAAUUUAUAUUUAAUAAAACAUAUGGAAAGAUGCCGUGAGACUUUUAUUGGGGAACCAGCCUGACGGGCCCCCUAGAUCUGACCGCUACCUGCCCCCUCCCUGCCCCACUGAUCUAACCCAUCCAGCCUGGUACCACCCACCCCACAGAGCCAACCCAUCCAGCCUGGAACCCACCCCUUUCUGCCCCCCAGAGCCGACCCAUUCAGCCCAAUACUUGCCCUCUCCCUGCCCCCCAGAGUCGACCCAUCGAACCCGGUACCCGCCCCCCUCCCUGCUCCAUCCAGCCUAGUACCCGCCACUCCCUGCCCUCACAGAGCCGACCAAUCCAACCCAAUACGCACCCCGUUCCUGCCCCCCAGAGCCGAUCCAUCCAGACUAGUACCCGCCCCCUCGAGCUGACCCAUCCAGCCCGGUACCUGCCCCCCAGAGUUGACCCAUCAAACCUGGUACCCACCCCCUUCCCGCCCCCUGGAGCCAACAUAUCCAGCCAGAAAACCACCCCCUGGACCUGACCCAUCCAACCUGGAAUCAUAAAAUCAUAGAAUAUUAGGGUUGGAAGAGACCUCAGGAGGUCAUCUAGUCCAAUCCCCUGCUCAAUGCAGGAUCAGUCCCC